GCCACGCGGCUGCACCCCGGGGAGCCCGCUGGGCCGCGCAGUGGGCACUUUCCAGCCGUGCGCCUGGCCCUGGCGACCCGGGGGCCCCCCCCCCGCGCCCCACUCCUCCGCCUGCCCAUGGGGAUCCUCGUGGCCAAGCUGCUCCUGCCCACCCUCAGCAGCCUGGCCCUGCUGCCCGCCGCCAGCAUCGCCGCCCGCAGGCGCUUCCACAUGGAGGGCAUGGUCUACGCCUUCACCAUGUUCUUCGUGGCGUUCUACCACGCCUGCAGCGGGCCGGGCCUCUCCAUACUCUGCUUUCUCCGCCAUGACAUCUUGGAGUACUUCAGCGUCUAUGGGACGGCGCUGAGCAUGUGGGUCUCCCUGAUGGCGCUGGCCGACUUUGACGAACCCCAGAGGUCCACGCUGGUCAUGUUUGGCGUGCUCACCAUCGCGGUCAGGACCUACCACGACCGCCAGGGCUACGGCGUCUACUCGGGCCCCAUCGGCACGGCCGUCCUCAUCAUCGCCGUGAAGUGGCUACAGAAGAUGAAGGAGAAGAAGGGUCUGUAUCCAGACAAGAGCGUCUACACCCAGCAGAUAGGCCCCGGCCUCUGCUUUGGGGCCUUGGCCCUCAUGUUGCGUUUCUUCUUUGAGGACUGGGACUACACCUACGUGCACAGCUUCUACCACUGCGCUCUGGCCAUGUCCUUUGUCCUGCUGCUGCCCAAGGUCAACAAGAAGGCUGGAAAUGCAGGGGCCCCGGCCAAGCUGAACUUCUCCACCCUCUGCUGCGCUUGUGUCUGACGGCAGGCCCCUCCCUCCCUCCCUCCCUCCACCUGGUAGCCUUAGACCCUUCCCAUGUUCUCUUCCUGUCCAUCUCCACUGGCUACCCCGGAGACAUUGGUCUCCUCUGUGUCCCCAGAGGUCCCCAGGAUUGGAGAGAUGGUGCCAUCUUCCACCGUGUGCGCCCCAGGAACCCAUGUUGCUCGGGUUACCAGAUGCCCAGCACCGGGCCGGGCAGGAAUGGCUUUCUCCUCCAGGGCCUCGGGAGUGUCAGGUGUGCCCGGCACAACCCUAAGGCCGUGUCUGCCCCUCCCCACAGCCCUCCCACUUUCUUCCCUCCUUCAGGUACUAGGCACAGAGCACCCCCCUAUCCCCCCCACAACAGGCCCAUUCCAUCUGUUCCCUCCUGGGAAAAAUGGCAGUGUGGCUUCUGUCCCCUGCCCAGCUCCGAGAGUCCCGGCUCAGGAUGCUGGAGCCAGCGGGGCCCGCCAGACCCCUCCCUCCACCCCACCGCCCAGCUGGGCUCUGGAGCAAGCCUUUUCAGUCACAAGAGUCCAUCCGAAGAAGCACCCCACUUUAUCAACCUACUAGCUGCCCCAACGUCAGACAUGUACUGAUUGUUAAAAACAAACCUGUGAGCAGUGA